AUGGACUCGGAGCUUAAAGUCCUGACCCCACAGUCGGCUGCCCGGCAGCCCGAGCCCGACGACAGCCCCCUCCUCAAUCGGGAGCCGAAAACCCCCGACACCCCGACGCAGAUCACGCUGAGCUUCGAGGAAUUGGAGAAGAAGUACGCCCCAUAUGUCCGGCACGACGCGUAUGGCAUCAUGGGGCGCGGCGAAUUGACGUGGUCGGAGAACUUCUUUCUCGGCAUGGGUUUGGUGUUCUUGGUGCCGAUUAGGGUCGUGGCGGGGGCUGCUAUACUGGUGCUCUAUUACGCGAUCUGUAGGGUUUGUACGGCGUUUAUGGCGCCUAACAGGGAGGAUGAGCAGGAGGAUUACGCGCACAUGGGCGGCUGGCGGAGGGCCGUGAUUAUGCAGAGUGGUAGAUUUUUGUCGAGGGCUUUGCUGUUUGUUUUCGGGUUCUACUGGAUCGCUGAAACCAGUAGGAGCAAUGGGGAAGACGGGCAGCUGGAUAAUGAUGAGAGUGCAGCUGAGAAUCAAUCUAAAGAACUGGAAAGACCUGGGGCUAUCAUAUCAAAUCAUGUUUCCUAUAUAGAUAUUCUGUAUCACAUGGCUACCUCUUUCCCAAGCUUUGUUGCUAAGAGAUCUGUGGCUAAACUUCCUCUUGUUGGUCUCAUAAGUAAAUGUCUUGGUUGUAUCUAUGUACAGCGAGAGUCAAAAUCAUCAGACUUCAAGGGUGUUUCAGGUGUUGUCAAUGAAAGAAUUCGAGAAGCUCAUCAAGAUAAGUCUGCUCCAAAAAUGAUGCUUUUCCCAGAAGGUACAACCACCAACGGAGACUAUCUUCUUCCAUUCAAGAGUGGUGCAUUUCUGUCAAAAGCUCCAGUUCUUCCUGUUAUAUUAAGAUAUCCUUACCACAGAUUUAGUCCCGCAUGGGACACCAUAUCAGGGGCCCGUCAUGUGGUUCUUCUUCUCAGUCAGUUUGUAAAUUACAUUGAAGUGACACGAUUACCUGUGUAUCAUCCCUCAGAACAAGAAAUGCAAGACCCUAGGCUAUAUGCCGAAAAUGUUCGAAACCUGAUGGCUCGUGAGGGCAACUUGAUUCUCUCGGAUAUUGGAUUGGCUGAAAAACGGGUUUAUCAUGCUGCUCUUAAUGGUUUGUUAUGUGAAAGGUAG